CUGGACAAGCUCUCGGAGGUGGCCAAGGUGAACACGGACGCCAUGCGCCUGGCCCAGGAGGAGAUCUCCGAGUACCGCCGCCAGCUCCAGUCCAAGACCACCGAGCUCGAAGCCCUCAAAGGGACUCAGGAGUCCCUGGAGAGGCAGCGACAGGACUCAGAGGAGCGUCAUCAGGCAGAUGUCCUGUCCUACCAGGAAACCAUCCAGCAGCUUGACAACGAGCUGAGGAACACCAAGUGGGAGAUGGCAGCUCAGCUCCGGGAGUACCAGGAUCUGCUCAAUGUCAAAAUGGCCCUGGACAUUGAAAUUGCUGCCUAUAGAAAGCUCUUGGAAGGGGAGGAAUAUCGGCUUGAGACUGGCAUUGGGAUGCUCUCGUUCCCUGAAGUGGUCCCCAAGGCUCCCAGCAUCACUGCCAACAUCAAGGUGAAGAGUGAGGAGAAGAUCAAGGUGGUGGAAAAAUCAGAGAAGGAGACGGUGAUUGUGGAGGAGCAGACAGAGGAAAUCCAGGUGACCGAGGAGGUCACAGAGGAGGAGGAGGCUGAGAAAGAGGCUGAAGAGGAGAAAGCUGAAGAGGAGGAAGAGGAGAAAGCUGAAGCAGAGGGUGAAGAGGAGGCCAAGUCUCCUGCAAAAGAGGAGGCCAAGUCCCCAGAGAAACCAGAGUCCCCCUCAAAGGAGGAGGCCAAGAGCCCAGCUGUCAAGUCCCCUGAAAAGGCCCCAACCCCCGCCAAGGAGGAGGCCAAGACCCCAACAGUGAAGUCCCCAGAGAAACCUGCACCACCCUCCAAAGAGGAGGCCAAGAGCCCAGCUGUCAAGUCCCCAGAGAAACCCCCAACUCCCUCAAAGGAGGAGGCCAAGACUCCAGCUGUCAAAUCCCCUGAAAAAACCCCAACACCUGCCAAGGAGGAGGCCAAGACCCCAACAGUGAAGUCCCCAAAGAAACCUGUGCCCCCCUCAAAAGAGGAGGCCAAGAGCCCAGCUGUCAAGUCCCCAGAGAAACCCCCAACCCCCUCAAAAGAAGAGGCCAAGACCCCAGCUGUGAAGUCCCCAGAGAAACCUGCACCCCCCUCAAAGGAAGAAGCCAAACCCCCAUCUGUCAAAUCCCCAGAAAAAGCCCCAACCCCUUCCAAAGAGGAGGCCAAGAGCCCAGCUGUCAAGUCUCCAGAGAAACCCCCAAUGCCCUCAAAGGAGGAGGCCAAGACCCCGGCCGUGAAGUCCCCCGAGAAAGUCAAGUCUCCUGCGAAGGAGGAGGCCAAGCCUCCACAGAAGGAAGCAGCCCCAGCCAAGGAGCCCACUCCCACCCCCCCAAAGGAGCCAAAAGCCCCUGAGAAGGAAGAGCCACCCAAGGAGGCGAAGGCUCCCUCCAAGCCUGGAGCUGAGGCGGGCAGGAAAGAGGAUGCUCCCAAGAAAGAUGUCCCAGCCAAGGUGGAGGAGAAGCCGAAAGAGAAGGCAGCUGCUGUGCCAGAGCCUCCAUCCCCCCAGGUGAAGGAGACCACCAAGCCUGGCCCCAAACCCGCUGAAGAAGGCAAGGCUGAGAAGGAGGCUCCACCAAAACCUCAGCAGGAGGUCAGCAAAGCGGCUGUGAAGGAGGCUGAGAAGCCAAAGCCCGAGGAGCCCAAGAAGGAGAAGCCCGAGGAUCCUAAAGCGAAACCCAAAGAUGAGCCUAAAGCCAGUAAAGAGCCCCCCAAGGCCGAGGCCCCCUCCAGCAAGGAGGGCAAAGCCCCGGAGCCAGCUGUGGGGAAGAAGUGA